GGUGGCGGACACGGGCCGCGCAGGCGCACUCGAGCCGUCGGGCCCCUGGUUACCCUGGUAACCAUUUGGCGUCCUCUGCCUGGUCCGCGGGCACCGUCGGCGCUAAGAUGGAGCCCCGCAGGCCCGAAACUGAGCUCCAGCGGUUUUACCACCGGCUGCUGCGUCCGCUGUCGCUCUUCCCCGCCAAGGAGACACCCCCAGAGCCUCAGAAGCGCCCCCCGCGGGAGGGCCGGAUUCUGCAGUCCGUCCCUCUCGCGAAGCUGACGGUGGCAUCGCUGUGCCGCCAGGUGGCCAAGCUGCUGACCGGCAGCGGGCUGGCGGCGCGGGCGCCUCCCGAGGGCCGACUUCGUUUCAUCGAGGUCAUCCUGGACGAGCUAAAGUGCAGCUGGCGGGAACCUCCCCCCGAACUCAGUCUGAGCCACAGAAACAACCAGAGACUGCGGAAGCGGCUCGAGGCCUAUGUGCUGCUCAGCAGUGAGCAGCUGUUCUUACGCUACCUGCACCUGCUGGUGACCAUGUCGACACCCAGAGGGGUCUUCACUGAAUCGGCCAUCCUCACCCGGUUGGCCGCCAGCCUCGCCAAGGACUGCACGCUCUUCCUCACCAGUCCCGACGUCUACCGUUACCUGCUGGCCGACUUCCAGGCCCUGCUGAAGGUCGAGCAGGCCCACGGUGUCGUGAACAAGCCGCGCCCCGUCUGCCCCACUGGGGCUUUCAAGCUCUGCCCAAUCCCCUGGCCUCACAGCAUUGACUUCGCCCAAGUGCCAUGCUCUAGCCUCAACCUGAAUUACCUCAUCCAGCUAAGCCGCCCGCUAGAGUUUCUCAAUGAGCCCGGCCCGGAUCCGGUGAAGGAGCUGAAGUCCUUACCCCAGCUGAAGAGGAGAAAGCCUCUCUGCUGGCCGCCCCCCGUGGGAAAGGAGAGAGAAAUCGACUUCAGUUCGCCACAGAUUGGGUCACUUCCCAGCUACCCUGGGACUCUCACCCGCAGGGCUUCCUCUUUCCCUCCCUUACCUGUCUACUUUCCACUCCGGAGAGGCAAGUCCAUGCCCACUCUGCGUGAGGGCUGGAAGCUGGCAGAUGAGCUAGGCCUCCCUCCACUCCCAUCUCGGCCCUUAACCCCGCUGGUCUUGACUACAGAGAGAAAACCAGAGCUGGCCAGAGACAUCGUGACUGAGGAUCUGAAGCAGUUGAUGAAGAACAUGAAGUUGGAGUGGACUCACUACCCCCUGCUAGACUCAGGCCUGCCGCCUCUCCUGGGAGUGGUGACCCGCCGUCCAGCUGCAGAGAAUCACAUGGAUGAGCUGCAGAGAACACUGAAGAACCUCCAGGAGGAAGAAGCUUCUGGGAAGUGGGACCCCCAGCCUCCCAAAUCCCCUCCACUUCAACCACAACCUGUGACUAUGACUUUGAAGCUAAGAAAUGAGGUCAUGGUCCAGGCAGCUGCUGUACAGUUCUCUAAUAGAAACUUCUUGGACUCUUUCCACGUUGAGGGUGCCGGAGUCCUGUACAACCACCUGGCUGAUGAACUGGACCCCAAAGUCAUCGAAAAAAUGGAUAUCGAUCGCUUUGUUGACAGUAGUACCAGGGAGGUUUACAAGGAGCUAAUGAACCGUGUCUCUAUGGACCACCUCCGUUUUGAUAAGGGACCCCUGAUUGAGCCUGCGGCAGAUAAAGACUGGUCGGCCUUCCUGUUCUCAGCCUUUCUACGUCAAGAAAAACAGUCUCAAAUUAUCAACCCUGAGCUGGAUGGACUUUACUCCCAGAGAGCAAACAUUUUACAGUCCAACGACGAGAGGGCGCCCUCUGUCCCAUCACCCCAAGCUAGCAAAAACUGGGACAGGCAGUCCAACAAGGCCUCAUGGAUGAACUGGUGCAAAACCACCUUGACUGUGGAUGACUAUUUCAAGUACCUUACCAGCCAGGAGACAGAUUUCCUCCACGUCAUCUUCCAAAUGUAUGAAGAAAAGAUUCCCGUGGAGAUUGUUGCCCCUGUCAAAGAGUCCCUAGAGAUUCAGCACCCUCCCCCCUUGCUAGAAGAUGAAGAACCAGACUUUGUGCCAGGAGAGUGGGACUGGAAUACAGUACUAGAACACAGGCUAGGAGCUGGGAAGACCCACCUGGGAGAACCCCACAAGAUCCUGAGCCUGCAGAAGCGUCUAGAGCGACUAUGGUCCAUGCUUGAGGUCCCCAACAAGGACCGGCUAGACAUGGCCAUCAAGUACAGUUCCAAAGCCCGUCUAAGACAGCUGCCUUCGUUGGUGAGUGCCUGGGAGCGGGCCCUGAAGCCCAUUCAGCUGCGGGAGAUAUUCCUAGGGAGAUUGGAGUGGUUUGAGCGACAAGCCUCCAACCCUAACCGCUUCUUCCAAAAGAGUGACUUGGGCAUGAGUCACUUCCUGGAGGAAAAUCAGAUCCGAAGCCAUCUCCACAGGCAGCUCAGUCUAGUGGAGUCUUCUUUGGCCACCCUCCUGGAGGAGAUUGAGUCAAUCUUUGGUGAACCGGUGACCUUCAAGGGGCGGCACUACCUGGACAAAAUGAAGUGUGACAAAGUGGAGAUGCUCUACUGGUUGCAGCAGCAGCGACGGGCUCGCCACCUGCUCCGGGCCAAGAAGGCCUCCCACCAAUCUACCUUUUUCAAGAGGUUCAGCAGCCAACCUCCAAGACCUCCCAGGAAUACUCCCAUUGCCCUUUGA